AUGAGAGAUAAGGCCGAUAAAAUAAGUAAUCGCUCGCAAACUGACAGUGAAAAUGAAUUACUGCUAAUCAUUGCUAACAUCGAGUCCAGCGAUCGCACAGACAUCCAGACAUUUAGUCAUAUUAUUGAAAACUCGGGACUAAUAACUAAUAUAUUAUGGGAAGUGUACGCCAACUCCGAGUGGAUGACCCGUCUCAUUGAUUUGAUUAAUACGGGCUGGGAGUCUAAUAACGUAUUAACCGUACAAAAGGCCCGUAAAAUAAAGUCCAAUAAAUACGGAGACGUAUACCCCAUGACACGAAGGGUCAGGGGUUUCUGUAUUAUCAUUAAUAACCAAUGGUUUGUGGACCGCAUGAAGUUUAGGAGUGGCUCCCGAGCGGAUGCCUACCGACUGUCCGAUGUGUUCAGUCAACUCGGUUUUGAUGUCAAUAUGUAUGACAAUCAGACCAGCGAUCAGAUGAAGGAGUUGUUGAUGGGGUUCAGGGAUAGGAAGGCAGACCUGUCAGCCCACGACGCGCUGGCGGUUAUUAUAAUGAGUCACGGUUGUAAGGAUGGUGUGUACGGGUCGGACGGACAGGUAGUUCCCGUGGAUACUAUUUUGGGUUAUUUUAAUAACGAUAACUGUCGGGUGCUCUAUAAUAAGCCUAAGAUGUUCUUUGUCAGCGCCUGUAGGGGACAUAAGACUGACCAUGGUGUGUUGAGACCUUUAGGUAGAAGUCCGGGUGAAAGUUCUGUGAGGGGUUUGGAUGCCACCGGAGGGUCAAUACCCACGUGGAGUGAUAUGUUUGUCUAUUAUUCAACUAUUGAGGGUUAUGUGUCUCCACGUAACCCAAUAACUGGCACGUGGUUUGGGCACGAGUUGGCCCACUGUUUGGCGGACUACUCGGCCACUGAACACCUCAACGAUUUGGUGACCAUAAGAGUGGCACAAAAAGUGGACGACAGGCGCAGUCAAAUACAAGGGAUCGGGGUCUGUAAAGCUGCCAUUGAAUGUCGGACUAAAGGGUUUGUUAAGAAAGUCUAUUUUAACCCUGGACUGUUUAAAGAUUAA